UUAGAUGACGAACUUCAGAGUCGCUGGUUUGACUUUGGAGGCGAUACAAUCAUCAAUACCAACCGACAAAUUCGACUCACUAGUACCAAACCCUCCCAGAGUGGAUAUCUCUGGUCGAGAUUGCCCUUGACAGCUACAGAUUUCGAGAUUGAAUUCAAAUUCAAGGUUGCUGGAUCUUCUAGCCAUUUGUUUGGAGAUGGAUUUGCAAUGUGGUUGACAAAGCAGAGAGCUGUUACUGGGCCUGUAUUCGGUUCCGUUGAUUUCUUUAAUGGUCUUGGCAUAUUCUUCGAUUCUUAUGACAACGAGAGAGCUCAUCGCCACUCAUUCCCUUAUGUGAGAUCUAUGUUGAAUGAUGGUUCAAAGUCUUACGAUAACAGCCAAGAUGGUCGAAUGACUGAAUUGGCUGGAUGUGAGGCCAAUUUCCGUGAUAGAGAAUUCCCCACCAGAGGUAAAUUGACUUACCACAAGAACAACUAUGUUCAAUUGGAGCUUAUGUGGCGCGAGGAGGAUGUGUGGGAGGUCUGCUUCAAGCAACACAAGGUUGAAUUGCCUGAUCAGGUGUACUUGGGCUUUACUGCUCACACUGGUGAAGUCACAGACAACCAUGAUAUUAUCAGUGUCACAACCCGCACUUUACCUCCUAAACCUAUCGAAUCAUUACCCGAGGUACCUGUGACCAAGCCAAAGAAGAACUACGGUGGAGUCUGGUCAUUCUUGUUCAAGCUGGUGGCUAUCUGUGGUGCUAUUGGUGUAUUGUUUGUGGGUUAUCGCUUUUAUGAGAAUAAGAAUAGAAUGAAGCGAUUCUAA